AUGCACCAAUGUACGCGCGAAAUUCCAGGAAUAACCCCCCAAUUCCCGGCCGACCGUGCCGCCGACGGGAAGAAGAAGAAUUCUGGCUGGCGCUGGAGUGAUAUGUGCGGGUGUUUGGACGGGUUUCGGAAAAAGAAGGGCAAUGAGAAGGACGGCAUCAUCCUCGGGGCCGAGGAACGGCGGUUACGCGCCAAUGACUCGGAGUAUAAUGCACAGUUCAAGUAUAAGGACAACUACAUCAAGACGUCCAAGUACAAUCUGCUCACCUUCAUCCCGCAGAACCUCUUCGAGCAGUUCACGCGAAUAGCAAACUUCUACUUUCUAGUGUUGAUGAUAUUACAGUUUAUCCCGGUGAUCUCCUCCAUAGCCUGGUACACCACUUUCAUUCCGCUCGUCUUCGUGCUGGCCGUCUCGGCCAUUAAGGACGCCUACGAUGAUGUGCAACGGCACAUCUCGGAUCGGCAGGUCAAUAAUAGGAAAUCCUACGUCGUCAGAGGAGGUCGCCUCGUCGAAGAGCCGUGGCACAACGUCAAGGUCGGCGACGUCAUCCGGAUGAUGAGCAACCAAUUCGUGGCGGCCGACCUCUUCGUCCUGUCCACCUCCGAACCCCACGGAAUCUGCUACAUCGAGACGAAGGAGCUCGACGGGGAGACGAACCUGAAAACCCGGGGUGCCCUCGCCGAAACGGCCGAGAUGGGCGAUGAUUUGGACCAGAUAUCACCCUUUCAUGGCGAAAUCGUGUGCGAGGCGCCGAACAACAAGCUCGACAAGUUCAACGGUCAGCUGAACUGGCAAGGGCGGACGCUGGCGAUGACGAACGAUAAUAUUCUGCUGCGUGGCUGUAUUUUAAAAAAUACGAGAUGGUGCUACGGAGUCGUUAUCUUCGCCGGCAAGGACACGAAGCUGAUGAUGAACUCGGGAAAAACGAAGUUCAAGCGGACGAGCUUGGAUCGAUUCUUGAACGUCUUGAUCUUGGGGAUCGUGCUCCUCCUCCUUGCGAUGUGCCUGAUCUGCACCAUUCUCUGCGGUGUCUGGGAAUGGACCACCGGCCGAUUUUUCACCGUCUACCUGCCGUGGGAUAGCUCGAUCCCCGGGUGGAAUGAUGCGGACAAGGGGGGCAAGCAAAUCUCGGUCAUCUCCUUCCUCAUGUUCUUCUCCUACAUCAUUCUGUUGAACACGCUGGUGCCGAUCUCACUAUAUGUCAGUGUGGAGGUUAUACGAUUUAUCCAUUCCUUCUGGAUCAACAACGACCGGGAGAUGUUCUACGAGAACGGGGAGAAUUCGGUGGCUGCUAGGGCUCAAUCGACGACACUUAAUGAAGAGCUUGGGCAGGUGCAAUACGUCUUCUCGGACAAGACGGGCACGUUGACCCAAAACAUCAUGACCUUCAACAAGUGUACAAUCAAUGGUGUUCGCUAUGGUGAUGCGAUGGAUGCCCGCGGAAACUAUCUCGACAUUAAUGAGAACACACCCUCCGUCGACUUUCAAUUCAACCCCGAGUACGAGCCGACGUUCAAAUUCUACGAUUGGAACCUAUUGGACGCUGUCAAUAAGGGGACAUUUGAGGUUACCGAAUUCUUCCGCUUACUCGCUCUCUGCCACACCGUCAUGCCCGAGCGGGACAACGGCCGAUUGGUAUACCAGGCACAAUCACCCGACGAGGCCGCCCUGACUUCUGCGGCCAGGAAUUUUGGGUUUGUCUUCAGGAGCAGAACACCACAGUCGAUUACGAUUUCGGUGAAUGGCAAGGAGGAGGUCUAUGAACUCCUUUGCAUCCUCGACUUCAACAACGACCGCAAGAGGAUGUCCGUCAUCUGCCGGAAUAGCCAGAAUAAAAUCCGUCUCUACUGUAAGGGAGCCGAUAUGAUGAUCAUGGCAAGAUUGAGCCCCCAAACAUCACCCCUGCUCCUUGACGCCACUAAUCAACAUCUCGCCGAUUUUGCCGCGAUUGGCCUGCGAACGCUUUGUCUUGCUUAUAAGGACAUUGACAAUGCGUAUUUCGAGGAUUGGAUGCGUCGCCAACGCGAGGCUUCCAUCGACAUGUACAACCGGGAGCAGAAACUGGAGGAGGUUUAUGAGGAGAUUGAGAAAAACAUGAUCCUCCUCGGAGCCACCGCCAUCGAGGACAAGCUGCAGGACGGAGUUCCGGAGGCUAUUGCAAGACUCGCGGCCGCCAACAUCAAAAUCUGGGUCCUCACCGGUGACAAGACGGAAACGGCCAUCAACAUUGCCUACUCGUGCCACCUAUUGACGGACGAUAUGAGCGAGAUUAUGGUGAUUGACGGACACACCGAGCAAGAGGUCGACGUCCAGCUCCGAGACACCUGGAGGGCUUUCGACGCCGCGCUGGCAGCUACCCGCGCCCACCGCUUCGGCUGCACGACGGCCGUCGAACGCUACAUCGACGACAUCAUCCGUUACGUCCGCGAGGCCGAGGCUCAGCAGCAGGAGUACAGACCCAUUACGGUAGCCGUAGUCCUUGGCGACCAACAAUCCCCUGGUACUUCCGGUGAAGGCGGUGUCGCGCUGGUCAUCAACGGGGAUUCCUUAGGAUUUGCGUUAAACGAGCGGUUGGCCCCGACAUUCUUGGAGAUUGCAUGCAAGUGUCAGGCGGUGAUCUGCUGCCGAGUGACGCCUCUGCAGAAAGCCCAGGUGGUGGAUCUGGUGAAGCGGAAUAAGAAGGCCGUCACGCUGUCGAUAGGGGAUGGAGCCAACGAUGUGUCGAUGAUCAAGACUGCACAUAUUGGUGUCGGGAUUUCUGGCCAAGAAGGAAUGCAAGCCGUCCUCGCCUCCGACUAUUCCAUCGGCCAGUUCAAAUACCUGGAGCGACUCCUAUUAGUGCAUGGAAGAUGGUCCUACAUCCGCAUGUGCAAAUUCCUGAGCUACUUCUUCUACAAGAACUUUGCCUUCACCCUCACCCACUUUUGGUUCUCGUUCUUCUGCGGGUAUUCGGCUCAGACGGUUUUUGACGCGAUUCUCAUCGCUUGUUAUAACCUGUUCUUCACGGCGUUACCGGUGAUGGCGAUGGGUGUACUUGACCAAGACGUCGACGCAGUCAGCAGCUUGAGAUACCCCAAGCUCUACCUCCCCGGCCAAUACAACCUCUUCUUCAACAUGCGCAUAUUCAUCUACUCGGUGCUGCAGGGAAUGUUUAGUUCACUGGUGAUAUUCUUCGUGCCAUACGGGGCCUUCUACGAGGCCGUAGACCAUACGGGAAAAGAUAUGAACGAUUAUCCGGCGCUGGCAUUUACCGCUUUUACGGCACUGUUUAUUGUGGUGACAAUACAGAUCUGUCUCGACACCUACUAUUGGACAGCGAUCACCCACAUUGUCACCUGGGGCUCGGUGAUCUUCUACUUUGCCCUGUGCUUCAUCUUCUAUGAGGCGCUCCCCUUCUCGUUCCUCUCCAAGACGGCGUCCGCCAUCUCGUACGACGUCGCCUUCCGAACGAUGACCACCCCGCACUUCUGGUUCUCCAUCCUUAUGGUCGGUCUUUACACU